AUGUUGUCCGAGGGCCCGCGGACGUUUGAAACGGCCAAAGACGUCAUCCUGUCCGCGCACAAUAGCACUUCCAGGCCGGACCAGAUCCAGUUCUACGACCGGUGGGCCCAAACUUACGAGCAGGAUGUCGAUCUUAUUGAGUACCGUGCUCCCGGGCUGGCAGCGGGCCGAGUGUCUGACCACUUUAGCGGCGAGCGCCGAACAGCCGCGGUGUUAGAUGUGGCCUGCGGCACGGGCAUGGUGGCCCAGAUGAUGAAACGUGAUGGGUUUGAGCGCUUUGUGGGCGUCGACGGUAGCAAGGGGAUGCUGCAGCAUGCCAGAGACAGUGGACUGUAUCAGGAUCUCAAGUUGGCCAUGCUCGGCGACCAAACGCUUCCUGUCCCUGCAGAUGAAUUUGAUGUGGUGAUGAUUGUUGGCGGUCUCAGUGCGAGUCACGUUCCCGUGAAGGUGAUCCGUGAGUUGUGGAUGGCCGCUAAGCGGGGGGGCCUCAUCUGCAUGACAACCAGGAGUAAUCAUGACAAUCUCGAAUACAAGGAGGCCUUGGAAGGUGAAAUGGCGGAAAUGGAGGCCGAGGGACUGUGGCACCGCAUUGACGUUACUCAUGUGACCAAAUGGGAGCGAGGGGUGACUGACCAAGAGAGGGGAUACAUCCCUGGAUGGGUGUAUGUCUUUCAAAAGCUCUAA